AUGUUCGGGAGCUGCCUGGUGGACCAGGACCCCCCGAUGUACCCGGGCUCGCUGCGGGGCGGCGGUGGCGGUGGUGGGGGGCCCCUGCCCGGGCAGAGCUUCGCGCCCGGCCCCCCGUACGCCGACUACAUGGGCUAUCCGUCCGGCCCCGGCCUGGACGGCCCCGGCCAGCCCCCCGCGGGGUGGGGGUCGCCCUACGGGGCCCCCCGGGAGGACUGGGGCGUCUACGGGGCCGGGCCCUCCUUGCCCCCCGGGGCCCCCGGCCCGCCACCGCCCCCGGCUCCUCCUGCCCCUGCUCCUGCUCCUCCUGCUCCUCCGCCGCCCCCCGGCCCGGGGCCCUACGGCUCCCCCGACUACGGCGCCCUGUCCGGGCCCGGGCCCGGGGGGCUGCCGCCCGUGGACGCGGCCGGCGCCGACCCUCUGCCCCCCGCCGGGCAGAGACACACCGCCUACGAGUGGAUGCGCAGGACCGUCCAGUCCGCCGCGGGCACAGGGAAAACAAGGACACGCGAAAAGUAUCGGGUGGUAUACACGGAUCGGCAGAGGCUGGAGCUGGAGAAGGAAUUUCAUUACAACAGAUACAUCACUAUCCGAAGGAAAUCAGAGCUGGCUGCCAACCUGAGGCUUUCGGAGAGACAGGUGAAGAUCUGGUUCCAGAACCGCAGAGCCAAAGAGCGAAAACUCAUGAAGAAGAAAAUGACUCAUUUUGACGGCAGUUUAGGCACCAUCCAGAGUGACUCAGGGUCCGUGAGCCCCGUGCCCGGAUCUGACCCGGUGACUUGUUCGGACCUGUCCGGGGCCUUGUUCCCCCCGCCGCCCCCACCCCCUCCUCCACAGCCACCGACGCCCACCCUGGCUCUCAAUGGACUGUCCAUGCAAUCGUUCCCCCCGGGCUGCGGCUGCCACAGAGCGUGGACACCCCCUCUUGGUGGGGGCCGGGCCGGUUGCCCAGAGGGUGGGCCCGAUCCCUUCAGACUUCAAGGCGUUCAGCCUGGACCCAAGCUGUUCGAGGACUUGGAAAUUCUCAGGGUUUUUAUAGUCUCUCUUCCUCCUCCCCGUCCCACCCCAAAACCGCUUCCAAAAAUCGUCAGGGCCUUUGCAAAUCUAGUUCAAAGUGACUGA